UUCCCUUCAUCACUCGUACUUCACUUAUCUCUCUCUCUCUCUCUAAAAUUCUCCUCUGUCAUGUAUUCCGGUUCAACUAUGGCGGUCUCUAAGAUGUGUUUCUCUUUCUCUCUCUUCACGGUUAUCUUUUGGGUUUCUCUUUCAUCCAUAAAUGGAGCUCUCCCACCAUCUUGCAAGAGCAUAGAGUGCCCCUCUUAUGCCACAAUUCAUGAGGGAGAUGGGUUCGAAAUCAGACGCUACAAUUUCUCUCUCUGGGUGUCUACCUCUCCCAUUCAAGAUGUCUCUUUUGUUAGCGCUACAAGAACUGGGUUUCUUGAGCUCUUCGAUUACAUUCAAGGGAAGAACAAGUAUGGAACCAAGAUAGAGAUGACUGCCCCUGUUAUGACAGAGGUCUUUCCAAGCAGUGGACCCUUUUGUGCUUCGGAAUUUGUUGUAAGCUUCUACGUGCCCGGAGCUAACCAAGCAGAUCCACCUCCGGCUCAGGGACUUCAAGCCCAAAAGUGGGUUAAAAAAUUCGCAGCUGUUCGCCAAUUUGGUGGGUUCGUAAGCGAUUACAACAUCGGCCAAGAAGCCAGUAAGCUCCAUGCUAGCUUGUUGGGAUCCAAAUGGUCCACUGCCAUAGCCAAGAGCAAAAGCCAUGACGACAAGCCUGAUGUAUUCACAGUAGCUCAGUACAAUUCACCAUUUGAGUUCAGUGGUAGAGUGAAUGAGAUAUGGCUUUUGUUUGAUAUGCAAGAUGUCUCUAUGCAUAUUAAGGUUACAAUCUGAGGCUUCUUUGUACUUUUAAAGAAGUACUUUUAAAGAAGUUUAGUUGAGAGCUCUUAUGGACUCUUUACAAAGAUGGCUGGGGCUGUUUAGGCUGGUUGUAUGAGGGGUUAGGGUUUAGGUUUUAUUUAAGUGUUUGGCUUUGGGCCAAAUAUAGCUGGAGGUGAUGUACACUUAGUUCUAUCAAUUUGUAUAACAUGCACAAUAAGGAAAAGUUUAUAUAAGAUUGACACCUUGAAGUAUAAAA